AAAGACUUCAAUGAUUUUGAAAUUCUAAGUAGCAUUUACCUUUGUAUCUUCAGUGAUCAAAUCUGUUCUGGAGCUGAUUUCUUUCUCUUUUUUUUAAUGUUUAUUUAUUUAUUUUUUGGAGAGAGAGAGAGAGAGAGAGUGAGUGAGUGCAGGCAGGGGAGGGCCAGAGAGAGAGGGAGACACAGAAUCCGAAGCAGGCUCCAGGCUCCGAGCUGGGGCUCGAACUCACGAACUGGGAGAUCAUGACCUGAGCCAACAUUGGCUCAGGUCAACCGAGUAAGCCACCCAGGUGCCCCUGGAGCUGAUGUCUCUACCGCUGAGCGUACUUUGGAUUCUGGCGUGGAACUGCUUUCCAGUGAUACAGCAGGGAGCAGGAGCUGAAGCCUCGUAGCCGAUAUCCGUGAGCUCGAACCAAGCUGCAUUGGAAAGAACUUGAGAGGGACAGACGGUAACAGGACCAGCCCGUCUCACUGUGGUCUCCAUGACUUCAUGUCGAAGGAGAAAUUCCUAUUUCAGUAUUUAUCCUCUCUGCCAGCUGGUAAUGGAAUAAUGGAAAAACAAUUGCCUUGGUUUUUUUAGCCAGCAUCUAUUGCCAACCAAACUUCCUGGAAGCUGUGUGCUCCCCGAGUGAGUCAGCAAAUGCUUGCUCAGAUGAAACGAGGCUCUUUGAAAGAGCUAUUUGUGAAACGCCGGUUGCUGAAGAGUGGUUGAAAACCCCAUUCCUUAGGCAGUUCUCCAAUUUCGACGCUAGGGGUAAAAAUCGCAGGCAGCGACCCGGUCUCCGACUGUAUCAAAUGACCAACGGUCUUUGUAGGAGGCAGGUCGGAUGCAGAAGGACAAGAUGAGCAGGACGGUGCCCGGCGGCGGGGACACAGGCGUCGUGGGUUAAGGAAGUGAGAACGCGGCACAGAAGUGACUCACGGUGGCUUCGUGUGGGAGCGUUGGCGUGCCCGUUUAAAAGCAAAGGAAAUGAUCUGUGAAGUGAUUCAAACGAGUCUAUCGGCAGCGCUUGUAUGUUGCGCGCACUUUCGCGGCUGCUUGAGAGUUGCCCGCGGUGUCUCUCUGAACGGGAGCCUUUGGGAAGCGCACCAAGGACUGAAACACUCUGGCAAUCCGUCCAGAUUUUUCUCCUUCUCUGUCUGUCCCGGGCUGCCAGGACGUCUCCCUGCUCAUCGGGAGAGCCAGGCUGUCCGAAAAUUCCCCGGGAUUCCACGGGGGCCCCCCUCCUUUCUCCUCGCCGUCGGGCUGCUCGUCCGGGAGCGGCGGGCUCCUUCACGCAAAUGUUUUCUCCACAUGGAACCUAGCAACAACUUUGGCAAGUCUCCCCUAGAAUCAAGGGUUGUUUUUUUUUUUUUUUCAAGCCAGUCGGCUGCCUCAGGCACAGUUCUGAUCCUGAGACCCCAAGAGACUGUCUGAGGUAGUUGUCUGGGGUGUGGGUCUUAGAGGGGGAGGCGUUGAAAAAGUGCCAUUUUUUUUUCUCGCUUCCCUCAGAAGGUUUUCACGUCCACAUUCUGGAUGCUGCUGUCACCUGCCAGGCUGCAGCCUAACCGUGGCCUUUCUCUCAGAUCUCAGCACGUCGGGAGCUCGGAGGAGGGGAGGGGGAGAGAGAGAGAGAGAGAGAGAGAGCCCCUUCUUGCCUCUGGGAUCUUCAAAAAUGCUGGCUUAGUCUUACCCAAGCCUACAAUGGAAGAGAGCGAAGUUUAUGGUCCAAACUGCAGCUGAGAAAAACCGUCAUGCGUUUCUUUAAAUCUUUUUUUUUAAUGAAACGGCACCAAGAGUAAAAGACAUAGGGGAAAAAAGCAUCCUGUGGAUGACUUUCAGAGCACGCUUCCCUUGCUGGGUGUCUGGGCUUUCCUGACCUGCCUGAAAUGGGACAGCAGCUGUAACUGACAUCAGGGAAAAGAUAUUACAACCGUCACCCAUGUUAAGUACGUACGAUGUGUAAUACCCUUUCAUCAAAGCCAACGAGGCUGCCUGCCUCCUUGCCCACUGAUGUCAGUGAGAGGGAAAUUAUAAAUCUUUUCACUGCUGCCGAUUUAUAAGGAAAUAAAACCACAGUAUGUGUCGUAUCCACUGUGGUUCCUUGUGACCGAUGUUAUUACACGGACACCGAAGGAAUGUGCGGCGAUGGUCCACUGAACGAUUCCGUGUUGCCAAAUCUGUCCCGAACGCUGAAAUCUAUUGAGUGCCUGUAGAGAAGUUUUGUGCUUGUUUUGGUUCAAAAGUAUACGGUGAAGGCUGGUUAGGCGGGUUUAAUUAUUCUAUGCUGACAUAAUUAUAAUUCCAAGUGUUGCUCUCUCAGCCGGAGCGUUUGUGAAAUCAGAAUGACAAAAUGCUUCAGGAUAGCUUGCUGGGAUUUUGGUAGCCCGUGACAUUUCGUUAGCAGGGCUGAGCCUGCGCCUCUCCAAUCGAUAACAAAUAUUUUUGCGUAGAUGAAACCAGGAUGUGUGGGCCUCGGGACUUCUGGAUGGCGGAACUGAUUCAGAUCUGUGAAACGUGAUGAAGCCUUUGUUUCAGAGUGGGGUGUUUCAGCCCUAAUUCUCAGCGGCUGGGUGAGAUUUCCCCCACUUUCCAGCGCCCCGGCACACGAAGCGGUUUCCGAUUGGUCGGUCAUGAGCAGCCUCCGAACAGAAGGAGACCUGGACAGAAACCCGCUGAGCGUGGGACCCAGUUCAAAUGUCUCUAAAAAUAAUGGCUCGGAAUGGUUUUCUUCUGAGUGCUCACCACACGGCACACGCGUGCCGUGUGCUUUAUAUUGUAGGGGAGGAGAGAUUUCCCUCACUCUGUCCUAGGUUCUCAUCUAAGGCUUGUAAGACAAUAAGAGAAGGACAAACAGAAGCUUAUCGACCUGUGUACCUCAUGUCUCAUCUAUGCACAUGAGACAAGCUCUGGGAGCAGUAAGACCCAGUCUCAGAUCAGCUUCCCGGGUCCUCAGACCGCAAAGGACCUGUUACGGACUGAAUGUUUGUGUUCCCCCAGAUUCACAUGUUGAAGCCCUAACCUCCUGUGUGGCUGCAUUUGUAGAUAGAGCACCUAAGGAAGUAAUUAGAGCUAAGCCAAGUCCUGAGGAUGGGCCCCCGAUCCAGCAGGGUUAGCGUCCUUGUAAGAAGAGACGCCAGAAAUCUUGCACUCCAUCCCACAAAGUGCACAAAGAGGUCAUUUGAGCACACAACCAGGAGGUGGCUGCCUCUAAGCCAGGAGCAGAGACCUCAGAAUGAAACAUGGCCUGUUGGCCCCUCAAUCUUAGACUUCCCAGCCUCCGGACUGUGCAGCGUUUCUGUCGUGUAAGGCUCCCAGCCCGUGGUAUUUGUGGCAGCCCGAGUAGACGAAGACGGGACCCUUGCCGUCCUCUGCAGCCACACCAUUCCUUGCCCGCGCUGCUGGCACCAGCUACCCCGGUCUACAGCAGGUGCGCUCUCUGAACUUGAGUCUGCUGGUUCUCCCUGCUGCCUGGGCUCUGCUUUCCUGCUCUCAGGCACAGGGUACCGGGACUUCCUCACACUUCCUGCAUGCCUCCUAGACAGGCCCGGAAACAUAGCGGAGAAGCAAAUGAAAACCCUUCCUCUGUCUAACCUAGAGGAAGUGGAUUUCAUAUCCUGGAUUCUCUCUGUCCCUGGCAUAUAAUCUGCGGGAUCUAGUCCCUUAGGCAGAGGACUUAAUGUGCUCGUGAGACUCAAGGAAUUUAGAAAGUUACUUCCUUCUCCCCCACAAAGCGUGGCUUCAAGACCAUUGUCUCGUGAAAGAUGUUCAGAGAGUGGGCUUUACGAUUCAAAGCUGUUCAGUGGUCUCUUUUCAUUUUCUGAGCUCCCCCUGUCUUUUUUUCUUCCUGAGGCAAAAAAAGUCUACCCAUUUGCAAAUCCUGCCCAUUUCACAUUCUUUACCCUCAGAAUAGCCCUAGGAAGUAGGAGGUAGGUAGGUUCUGGACUGGCUUCCUCUUAAUGGGAGCUAGGGCUGUAGCGUGUGGGUGUAAGGAGAAGAAAGAGCUUCUAGGUCAGAUAAAAUGGAAUAUUGUCACGUCAGGAUCACUCUUGAGAAAAGCCCUUCGGUACCACCUUGAGGCAGACUAACCUCUCUCGGUGAAGGUCGGUUUCCUGCAGCUCUGAAACAGAUCGACUGUUUCAUCAGAUGAAGAAACUGGCCUGUUUGGGGGACUGGAUGCUCUUUUAUAAUCCCAGAGCCCCACUCAGCACAGAGGGAAGGCUGUACUUUGCGAGGCAAGGGAUCGUGGAUCCCAUCUCCCAUCUGGUCCUCCUGCAGGGCAGGGGCUCAGAGCAGAAAGGUGAGCACCCCCAAAUGCUGGUGACUCUCCUCCCGCCGCUCCUGUCUCGGAGCCGCUCUCUGUACUGGGAGAAGCGCGCCGGUGUGCCGGGACCCAUGGACUAAGCGCCGUUUGGUGUGAGGGAGCGCAGUCCCAGGGACGGUGGGUGGUUGGGGCUGAGGUGGAAACCAUACCUGUCACCUUCCAGAACCACCCCAAGCCUCUGUGCUGCCCGUGCCGCACUUGUGUGAAUGCACCAAAGAGCAAAGACGUGCGUUCGGAUGAAAUCCCACUAACGUUGUACGUCGUUUCACUGACGCCAAAGAGACUUGUGCCCCCUGGGGGAAAAUUUUGUCCUCCACCCUCUUGGGGUCCCUUGGCCGGGCCUGGAAGCCAAUACGAACGGAUUCACAGGAGACAAGCAGGCUCAUUUACUUGAUAUACACGUGCUGUGACACGGGGGCCGUCGUCAGGGAAGGACCGCUUGAAGAAAUGGUUGCCUGAGUGUGUUUCUCCUAGCUCUGACGCGCUGUCAUGGGAAAACAUGGUGGCACCAAGGGUAGUGUGAGCUCAGGGUACUAAAGGGCGGGAAACUCAGCAAGACCUGCUCACCCAGAAUCCUCCUGGUGUCCUUCCUCCCCUGAGAUAAGGCUGCUCCCUUCUUCAGGGUCCCGGGAAGCACCUCUCCCACCAGGGUCUUACGACGGUUUCAGGGAGAAGGCGGGGGGGGGUGGGUCAGGGAGUGUUUCCUGUACCUGCUUUUCUCACAUUCCUUCCGCUUAACGUACGCUUAAAAUAUGGUCGGACGCCGUAUUUGGGGACUGCGUGUUCUCAGCUCCAUCAGACUUAACUUACGGAACAGGAUAGCUCCGAGCUUCAGGGAAACAAAAUCAGAAAACAACUGCCGUGGAUACUCGCACCCUUCUCAUCGAGACGUCAGGUGUGGCAGAAUAAGGAGGAACGAAGUAGGUUUCUCCUGACAUGAGAAUGAUGGGAUGAUGUGAUGUUCCAGCUAGACCGAGGACCCCCGGGGGGCAGCAGCCGUGCUCUGCUUCUCCUCCUCAGCAACUGGCAGGGAGCCCGGCACCCAUGGGUGUCAGGAUGUCCUCAUCUCAGUGUCACCAGCCAGGUUUUCAUUACAUCUGGGCCUCACCAGCUUUCCCUUACUUGUCCUCCUUCUGUGCCUCGCUCCAUCUGGGAAAGCGAGCAUCGCCUAAGUCAUCUCUUCUUCCAACCCAAAGGCAGUGGGAGAGACAGACCCUUUCCGGUUUUGAGCAAGAAUUGCCGUUAAGUGUAAAUCAUAUGCUAAGAGGCGGGAAAGACUUCUUACGUCUAUACAUGGCAGGUGCCAUUCACGUGCCCCAGCUGGAUGCCUCAAAGCCCACGUUUUGGCAGUUGUGCUCAGUGCUGUGACUGAAGUGCAUGAUGGGUAAGGAGGGGAGGGGUGCUGUCGACAGCAAUCUCAGCCAGAAGCAGCAACGAACCUGCAUUCCGAACCUUCCCGGUUACAUCAAACUUUAUUCUCGAUACAAAAUCACGACAAGUUUUCAUCAAAUAUAGGUCACAACUACAGUGUGAUACAAAGAUGUGAGAUUCAGAGUUGAUUACUUUCUCUUCCUUCUAUAGAAUAUCUGCAUUUCCCCAAGCGCAUGUAUUAUUAACAGCCCAUAAAAUAUUAACUUCGUCUAAAAAUGCAUUAUUAACGACCUAAUCUGUGCAAUCAUAUCCGUUUUUCUCCGGACACUUUACUUAGAAAACCCAGGCUCCCUUUCUCUUGACGUUGGUGAAAGAGACAAUUCUACAGAUGUUGAUUUGUUACGACCAAGAGAGUUCAUGAUCUUGUAGUCCAGGGGUCAACACGGAAUCAAUAAUUCUGUCAAAAACGCAAGAUUUCAGACUAGAGAUUGCCCCCCAAAAUUGAAAAAGCACAGGGGCGCUGUGGGAGCGGGUUUGGUUUUAGAAAUGUGUACUAUGUGGUGUUUUGUUUUGUUUUGUUUUCCGUGGGCACUUUCUAAAAUGAGAUCCAAAGUCCUGGAGCCAUCGGGAGGCCCCGCGCAAUGAUUUUACUGUUGUCUCCAUGUAUGUGCUUAAAGACAUCAUGAACAGAUUUGCGGUUAACAGUCAGUUUGUUGCCUCGGGCUUGUGGACACCGCUUCCCACUUUAAAACAAGGCACUUGUGUUACUCUUCGCAGAUGAGCCCUGUGUUCCGGCUCUGUGAAUUUUCAGAAAUCAUUAACGUUAGAAGGUACACAUCAUCCUCCAAAUCUCUAAAGGGAGAGAAGGAAGAUGUCGAUUCCAACCUUCAUUUGGUCCUGUUAUGGGACUCCCAGGCCAUGGAAAGGGAGCUCAUCUCCGCUGCCUUCUGAGCAAUAUAUUGUCCUGGGAAAGGCAGCCCCCACAUAUGGUUUGAAUUCAAUUUGCCAGAUCCUCUGAGAGGCACGAGGGUACCAUUUAGGACAUUGCUUCUUGAAUUCCCGUUUGCAGCCUUGCAAAUAAUGUUCAAAAUCAUUAGAGCAUAAAGAGUUUUCGUUACCCUUCACUCACGUCAACAGCAACCACAUAUCGAUUGGGCACCUGCUUGGGGUGCUGUGCUUGGUACCGUGUGGGUGGAGCGAGAGGAGAUGCGGUGCGGAACACCAGCGCAUAACACGCGGAAGGCAAACCUUUCUAGCGAAAGCACAGGAGGAAGCAUUUCUAGAAAUGUUGAGCUGUAGCAAAAAACAAAGCAAAGCAAACCCACUUAGAUUCGAUUACACAAAAAUGAGAAAUUGCUGAAUGUCAAAAGAUACCCUGAACACUGUACAAAGCUGAAUAGCAAAGUGGGACAGAUACUUGAACUCUACGACAAAGGAAAACGUCUUUUAUAAAGGCUCGAUACAGGUCAGUGAAGGAAGAAAGGAAUUCAGUAGAAAUAGGGCGGCGGGACAUGAACAAGACUUUCACAGAAGAAAGAUAAAUGGUCAACAAACGUGCACAAACAUUCAAAUAAAUGCACUUAAAAUCAUGGAACAUUUCGAUCUAUCCAAUUUUCCAUUUUUUCUUUUUUCUUUUGAAGAGUACGAGUGAAAGCAAACUGUAGUAAAAUGCACAGGGAACAGUGUGAGUUCGAAGUGUGGGCGUUGCCUCUCUGGUCCCGGUCAGUUGUAGGACAUCUGUCCUCUGUCCACAUGGCGCCCGCCACACGGUAGCCCACCUGCCUAACCCGGGGAGAGCCCCUCAAGUGCGCGGUCUGAAGCCAGAGCCGAUGCCCCCAGGAAUCAAAGUCUCCCUUGGUGGAAGGGAAGGAGGGUGAGAACUCAGAGCUUUGCAAAGAAGCCACCAGCCUGCUGAGAGUGGAUGAAGCAGGGGAAAUGGCUGCAAAACGGAGACACUCCAGGCAGGUCCGCAAUGCCAGGCUUUGCUUCCUGCAUUUGGAGCCCCUGAAACCCUCCACAGGCCCACAGGAGAGCCCGCUUCCCCGCUGAGCUGCUCAGAACAGCGUUCUGUUUCUGGCACCUGACAAAGCCGUGCCCCUGCAUGCCCAGUGGCCGAGCGGAUGAGCGCAACCCGUCCAGCGGCGUUUGGCAAUUUGUGUUAGCAGCCCUUCCCAGCAUGGAAGUUUACCAAAGACGUGAUUAAAGAUUUGUGUCCAGGGACACUUACUGAAAUAUUAUUUUUAAUAGUGAAAAAUUGGAAACAACUUAAAAGUUCCACAGGAAGGAAAUUGCUUACAUCCAUAAGAUGAUGUACCGAGGUCAUGGCAAUAUAUUUAUGGUAGAGUGUGAGGCGAGGAAGCUGCUGCUAAAAAAGCUAAAUAAUAUGAACCCUAAAGUGGCAGAAAAACAGUGUUGUUAAGCAGAGGGGAAAAAACCCAGAAAGUAUCUUAUCCAAAAGCUAUAAAUUAUAUUUUAAAGUAGAAUCACAAUUAGAGGUAAAUUCCAAGCAUAGUACGAAGGGUGCUCACAUACCUUCACCCAGACUCACCAACUGUGUUAACAUCUUGCCACAUUUUCUUUAUUGUUCUCUCCCUCCCUCCCUCUCCACAUGCACACGCACACACACACACACUACAAAUUGUGACUCUCUAUAAAAUAUUUUAUAUUAUGCAUAAUAUGUAUAUACACAUAAAUUAUGUAAUUUAGAUAUAAUUGUACAUGAUAUAUAUAAUGUGUAACAUUUUUAUUUCACAUGUAUGACAUAUAUAACAUACCUGUUAUACACACAACACACAUUUAUAACAUGACGUAUACACCUGUCGCAUCACACAUGUCAUGUAAAGCUUUAAAUAUUAUUUUUUCUGAACGAUUUGAUAGUAUGUUGCAGAACUCAUCUUCUCCCAGGAAAUAGUGACCUUCGUACAUUUUUAUGUUUUUUUUUAUAUUUUCCAAUUUUUCUACCUUUAGUAAUUAGAUGAAAACAACAAAUUAUGUUAUCUUAAGAUCUAAAUCACAACUAUUUACCUCUCAAAUUCUUAAAGUAAUUUUAAAAAUUACUGUCUGGGGGUGCCUGGGUGGCUCAGUUGGUUGAGCAUCGGACUCUUGAUUUAGGAUCAGGUUGUAAUCCCAGGAUGGUGGGAUGGAACCCACGCUCAGCACGGGGCCUGCUUAAGAUUCACUCUCCCUCUGCCUCUGCUCCUCCCCCACUUGUGUGCUCUCUCUCUCUCUCUCUCUCUCUCUCAAAUAAAAACAAAAAAAAAAAAUUGCUGUCUGGACAAUACAUUGCUACAACUCUUUUGAAAUCAACUUAGACGUGUAUAUCUAAGCUGCUUUUGAACUAACAAUCCUACUGCUAGAAUUCUAGAACCUUCUAAAGUUUUGAAAGGGCAUUAUGAAAGAAAUUUAACUACAGUCUUCUUUUUAAGAGGGAAAAAAAAAUGGGAAUGAGUCAAAUGUCCAACAACAAAGAAAUGGCUAUGGAAACCCGUACAUCCGUUUGAAGAAAUCUUAACAUGCCUGUCAAGAGGUCAUGUGUGAAGUACUCAUUACCACUGGGAAAGAACAACAAUGUUGUAGACUAAGGGUUCAGGUGGGUGGAAUGUGUGUAUGGGGGUGUCAGUGGGGGGGGGGGUCGUCAAUGAAUCCCCUGAGAAAGAAGCCCCACUAAAUGGGGAAGCCGUCUGGUCUGCGGGCCAAGCUCACCUCUCCUGCUGAGAAGAGGGAGCCCAGACCCCGGGAGUCUCAACCACUACUUGCCAGAGGACCCCUCUAAUAGGGACAGGGAGCACAGACUCCUCGGGGGCCUGCAAAGAGGACUUAACUUUCUCCCCAUUGCAUGCCCAAGGCCAUUCCGUAACCAACGGCUGCCUUUUCUCCUACGAAGCCCACGUGCACCCUCGGAAUCGUUCUGGAAGCCACUGCACCAUCUGGAAGUGACCUUAUGAGGAAACCUAGGGGCCCCCCUGAGCCAAGCCUUGGAGGCAAAAAAUGCAGAUGGAGGCUCAUGGGCUUUUAAGCCUGGGGUGGGGGGGUGCGGGGCAGGACCUAGCCUCGACUUGGAAAAGCAGGAUGCGAUUCUUUGCCAGCCUUCUUGCCGGCAUCCAGAAUAAACGCAGGCUCUACGUCCUGAGCAGACGACGGCCUGAGCUCAUUGCCCCAAAGAGCAGGCCUACUCGCCAGCGGAUGCCAGGCCAGGACAGGAAAGGAAUUGGCUACUCUCUCCGAUGAUCCGUCCAGUCUUACAAAAGCAGUCAUUUCUAAGACGAACACAACCAGAAUUGCCGCUUGGAGACACAAGGAAGUCAGGAAGAAUACCAAAUGUCCUUAAUGCCAAAGUGCUCGGUCAUAGCUCUAGGACAUCCUUGGGGGUGCCUCCUUCUUUAAGCUCCGGGAGGAAAGAUUUAGAAACUGCAAGCGUUUUAGGGUUUCCGAGAGAGCCCCGUACGUCUGUGUCAGCCCCAAGGGGUGAGCCAGCUGAAAGGCAGAAAGGGACGCGACCCCCAGCAAGUAAACCUCCAAGUGCAAGUUGUAACUUUAAAAUCAGUUUCACUUUGGCCGAGUGAAAUCUGCGGGGAAGUGACAUUUUAAAGGUUCCAGUCCUUCAAGGGGUAACAAAGACAACCAUUAUGUCCCAGCGAGCAGCUGUUCUUUGAUGUUUUCAAGGGCAGCAGACGGAGUGCCCAGGUGGAAUUAGGGCUGGAUUAGGAGGGAGGCGAGUUUGGGGAAGAGGCCGGGAGAGCGCGUUCUGUGUUUCAGGCUUGGGUCUGCAGACAUUGUGACACGCGGACGUGGACGACACGCUGGGGGCCCCGGAGAAAGCCAGGGCCAUGGCAACCCUCAGCCAUCUCCCCGGCUUGGGAAGAUGCCGUGCUGGGGAAACGCAGGAGGGGGCGGCUCACAUGACUCUCCCCCCCCACCCCCCCCCGCCCCGGCUGGAGACUAGAGUGGGAAUUACUUCAUUCUUCCAGGAUAGAAAGUCUCGGAACUUUCGGGAGAGGUCCCUGUUCUUCCCAUCUUCUGCUUGCGAACAAGCAAGAAGUGAAACUCCAGCGCCCAAGCUCCGGGCAGGGGUGGCCUGGGAGGGAGGGGACAUUUGCAGAGGGUCCCUGCCCGUCUUCCCUGUGUCCCCGAGGAGGGCAAGGGGGCUCCCCACACAACCGUCUGCUGCCCACUCCAGCAGCUGCUUGGAAGCCGAGAGUUUUUACAAGCAAACCCCAGACCAGAAAACACGCCCCGCCACAACGCUUCCGGAACGCGUCAGCGAUCCCCGUUCUGCAGUCACUUGGUGCGAAGGGAAUCGAAUCUUCUCCCUUUUUCCAAAGAGGCUGCAAGGUAAGAACCGUAUUGAAGCCACUGUCACUGAAUGCGGUUUGCUGGUGUCGGACUGUCGGUUUUCUAGGAAAACCCGGUUUGCCCAGAUCGUCCCUGGAAUAACAACCACAGGUCUUUUUCUUUUUCUUUUUUUAAAGUUUAUUUUUAUUUAUUUUGAGAGAGAGAGAGAGAGAGAGAGAGAGAGAAAAUCCCAGGCAGGCUCCAUGCUGUCAGCGCAGAGCCCCAGUGCGGGGGACUCGAACCCACAAACGGUGAGAUCACGAGCUGAGCUGAAGUCAAGAGUCGGACGCUUGACCGACAGCCUCCCAGACGCCCCACCUACAGCCCUUGUACACAGGCAAGUCCGAAGUCACUUGUCCACAAGGCAUCUCCCGAAGGAAACAGCGACAGGACCCAGAAAGCAGCUCCUGGCCGCCACUGCUAAGUUCCCACGUCCUGUGUGACCUCCACAUGGAUGCUUCUAGUAUCUGAUGACAAUUCUGUCUUCAGGGAUGGAAAAAGCAACUUAUUGACACAGGAUACUAUUGAUACCUGUUAAAUAAAAACAAAAAAAAAUCAAUUAUAAGAUGUAUGUCCAGUAUGCUCUCAAACUGGGUUAAGAUAGC